UUGUUAUACCACUGGGCACAGUACAUGUUCGAUUUCGUUGCAUUACGGACGCACAAGAAAACAAUGGCAUCACUUUUUACCAACGCGCUACAAAUUUUCCUUGUGGCCCUCUGUGCCUCAAUCACGUUAAGAGUAUACGCGACACCACAAGGACGCAUUGUUGGCGGUGAAACGGUGGACAUCGCUAGCGCACCGUAUUUAGUAUCCUUACGCUACAAGCGCAAUGCUUCGACACCCUUCAUUCACCGUUGUUCCGGCACAAUUUAUACCAAGGAUGUCGUGCUGACCACUGCACGUUGCGUCAUCGGCUUGCAGCGUCAACAACUGUUAAUUGUAGCCGGCAGCAGUUAUAGUUCACAAAGCGACGGUUCUGUUUAUCUUAUCAAAUCAAUUGCAAUACAUCCGGAUUUCGAUAUUUGGUUCAUAGAUAGCGAUUUGGCAUUGUUGCGCUUGGAAUAUCCGCUCAUCAGCCAACGCGAGAAGGUGAUUAAGCCGAUCAAACUGGCUGAGGAAUUACCCGUAGCUGGCAGCGCGGCUACUGUGGCUGGUUGGGGCGCUGCGGCUAAGUAUGUAGAACUUGAGGAGCAAUUGCAAGAGGCCAAUGUGCGCUUAAUGGACACUGCGCAGUGCAAAGCAGCAUAUGGCGCCGGGCGCAUUAGCGCGGCCAUGUUGUGUGCCGGUGGUGAAAGUGCAAAUGGCGUUGCAAUCGACGCGUGUCUGGGUGACGCGGGUAGUGCGCUUGUAUCGAAUGGCACGGCUGUAGGUUUGGUAUCGUGGGGUAAUGGCUGUGGACGUGUCGGUUUCCCUGGAGUUUAUACAAAUUUGGUGUAUUUCAAUGAGUGGAUUAACAGUGAGGCGACUGUGGCAUUUUAAUAGUAUAUAAUAAUAAAUAAUAUGAAAUUUCAACCCCUUUUUUAUGCUAACAUUGACUUGUAUGAAAGGAAAUUAAUAGCUGGUUUACCAAUUGAAUAAAAAUCCUAGAAACAGCGUAUAAUUUACAAA